UCACGUCAGGACUUGGCUGCCACGUCGCUGCUGCAAUGUUUUGAACUUUUCUGCGCAUCUUUAGUUUAGAUUAGUCCGUUUUUUAUUCAAUUAAAUUAACUGGAUUCUAUUGCAAUGAUCACCCCCCACGUUUUUUGGCUUUUACCGUCGCUAUUUGCGCUUACAGAUGCACGCAAACUACCAGAGCCAGAAGUGAAAAUAGAAGUUUUACACAAACCCAUGGUGUGUUUACGAAAAUCAAAAUAUGGAGACAUGCUUCUAGUCCAUCACGAAGGAUUCCUGGAGAGCAAUGGAACCAUGUUUUAUUCCAGCCGCACACAGGGGGAUAAAAACCCUGUGUGGUUCACCUUAGGGAUCAAGGAGGUGCUCCGAGGCUGGGACAAGGGUCUCCAGAGCAUGUGCACUGGGGAGCGCCGGAAGAUCACGGUUCCUCCCUCUCUGGGUUACGGGAAGGAAGGCAAAGGAAAGAUCCCGCCGAGCAGCACUCUGGUUUUUGACAUCGAGCUGCUGGAGAUCCGUAAUGGCCCCAGGUCACAUGACUCCUUCAGAGAGAUGGACCUGAAUGACGACUGGAAGCUUUCACGAGAGGAGGUGAAGGAGUACCUGAAGAAGGAAUUCCAGAAGCACGGGUAUUCGCCCAACGACACCAGUCACGAGGCAAUGGUUGAUGACAUCUUCCAAAAUGAGGACGAGGAUAAAGAUGGAUUCAUAUCGUCUAGAGAGUUCACCUACCAACAUGACGAACUUUAACAAAGUCACUAGGUUCAACAUGAAACACUGAGUCAGCAAUUUCCCUCAAAGUGAAUUCAGAUCAUGAAUAAGAAAAAAAAACAUUUCCACACGCACUGAUGUACAUCAACGACAGUAUUGUAGCUUAAAUAAACAACAUUUUUGUGACCAUUUGUUUAUCACGCAUGUAAUUAUCAGAGCCUACCACUAGAUGUCAGCAACGCACGGUGGUGGAAACAUCCUUGAAGUAUCGUUCUCAUGAAGCUCAAACUGUCCAAAAGUUUUCUGUCCACGCUGCACUUAAGAUAUAGAUCGUCCUAAACUCUGAC